AUGAACGCCAUGGAGAUCCGGCGACGCGGUGUGCAGCAUGUUGGUACGGAUGGCCAGCCAUUGGCAUGGUAUGAAUGGGUGUUCGCCAAUCCUGGUGAGAUCGUCCGGAACAAUGAGCCAGAGUUCGUGGUCACUGUGCCGCAGCACGCAGUCCCUUGCGAGAUUGUCUGCUCAAUCGAGCAGUUCGAUCCACGCAUGCUGAUGAAGUCGCCUGGUCGACCACAGGCCGCCCCCAUCCUUUGCAAAGUGUACGAGAAGGUGAAUAUCGAGAACACCUACAGUGAUCAUCUGGUGUCGCGCUCAAACUGGAUUCCUGUGAGGGAUGCCAUGGUGGCAUUCACAGUGACGCGGGGCGGCGAGUACUUGAUCGUUGCAGAGCUGCCCACCGGCACCAGCCAUGUGGAGAGGAUGAUCUUCAGGUGUUAUGCCUCACAGCCGUACGUCACGGUCGCCGCCCAUAAGAUGUCCAGGAAGCACAGGCUUGUCGAAUCGAGAGCUUUGCCCGGUGCAUCGCGACUUUCCAUGGUUGGUUUGAUGCAGCCGGAUAGCUUGGACAAAGAUCAGCCGGUGCAGAUUGAUUGGGAAUACGACGCCAUGCGAAAGCCGGAAUUUGACCUGGAGACUGGAUGGAGUGCGCUAGUGAAGGAGGUGAACCAAGAUUGCGCUGUUAUGUGA